AUGUCUUUCCUUCAUGGUGUUUUAGAUGAAGUUCAUACAAAUAAUAACCUUUCGCCUUAUAAAGAGACGUUGGAAAACGCUGUAAGCCUUUUAGAAACUCAUCGUCAUGAAGGCAAAACAGGUUUGCAUACUGUGAUUGGCACUGUCAAGUUGGGGAUUGAGCAGUGGUUGGGGGAUGUGAAUACUAAGAGUGAGGCGGUGAAAAAGCCGAUUAAAAACCUGGAAGACGAUGUAAAUGCCUUUUUCAAAUACUUUGAGACACUAAAGACUGAUAAGGAAUAUGACGCCGAACAGAGUAAUUUGCAGUCUUCUAUUAGGUCUGUCAAUCAGCUUUCCUUAGAUGUCCAUCACUCCACUGACGCACUUAUGAACGUUGAUAAAAUGCUUGAAAAAGAAUUAAAACCGCAUGUGGAUUUAAUAUUUGAAUCUGUUAAGGCUUUUAAGGACUCCACUAAGCAGGAUCACGAUGGGCUUGUUAAGGUAUGUAAGAAGGUGGAUGAGGAGUUUGGGGAGUUGGAUAAAAAAGUGGAGGAUGGGUUGAGUGAGAGUAAUAAAAAUGGUUUAAGGUAUAAGUUCAAAGAGGGAAUUGAGAGCAUCCUUCAACAGAUUGGGAAAGAACGCAAAGGCAGCCUAUUCCAUUCAAUUGAGACGGCAUUACGAGAAAUGAAUGAGACAUUGGAAAACGAGGAAGGGAUUAAAGGCCUCAACAGUAAACUGAAGUCAAAUAUAGAAAAGGCUUUUAAUAAUAUUAAGCAAGACGUUAACAACGUUCACAACACAUUGACUUCCAAAAAAACAGAGCUUGAUACGCUUGUUGGACAGGCUCAACAGCAUGUUUAUCGUAUAAAAACAGAAGUUGCGGAUAACGCCGGGGGGUUGGCAGAUACUGUAUGUGGCGGUUGGGAUCUGCUUAAGAUUGAGAUUACGAACCUUGUUAACAAGAUUAAGGGAGAGGGGCGAACAAGUGAUGGAGUUCCAUACACUAAUGGUCUGACGCAGAUCAACAACGGCAUAAAAGCGUACGCGCUGGAGUUUACCAGUGGAACGUUUGUCACUGUUCUUACGCAAUGGAUUGGGGAAAUCGUGGAUGAAGGGGUGGUACACGGUAAAAUUUAUGCGUAUGUUUUAAACAACGGUCCUAAGUUUCAGGAUGCAGUUGGGCGCUCGUCUGAGAAAACUGCGGAAGUGAAAGCAGCCAUUAAGGCUAAAUUUCCAUUGCACAUUAUUACAGAUAUUCAAAGCGUUGCACAGCGAACGCUGCAAGGCAUAAAGGUGGGUAACGUUGGUGAACAGUUCCAAAGAUUUGUCGAGGAGUUAGGAAUGCAAUUUAAAGGCAUUGAAGUUGAAAAUACACUUGGGGUGGCUGCGAAGGCGAUAGAGGAUCAUUUGAAAAGCACCAAUCCCAAACUACCCACAAAAGAUGAAAAUAUAAAACAAGCAGUCAAAGCCAUUAUCAAACCGCUCGAAAGAAGAUUUCAGCAGGUCGCCAACGAACUGCAGCGAUUCACUGCAACGUCUCAGAUUGCGAAUUUGACAGCGGCCAUAUCAAAUGUUGAAUUAAUUGGCAAUAAAGUUGACGAAAGCAAGGACGCAUAUAACGACGGUUUUGGCAAAAAAAUCGACACAGCUCUGGAAAAGGUGAAAGCAAAAAUUCAGGCGCUGGAUGUUUUAUUUGGCAAAACAGUAGGCGAUGAAGGCUCCAUUCAUAGUAUGCUCAAAGGAGUCACCACAGACCUUGAAGCGCUUAAUAAUAUAAAAAAAGAUGGGUCCGUGGGGAAAAUUAAUUUUCGAAAAAACCAAAUUGUCGUCGCUCUAGAUACUAUCAGAAGAAAGAUAGUUCAGGAUAUUAAUGCUGUAAUUAAAACCCUGCAAGUUGCCGAUAAGCAAUUAACAGUAUUGCUAAACGACCUAAGCAAAUCACUCACCAAAUUCCAAGAAACAUUCCUCCAAGAAAUUGAAUCCUUCCACGCCGCCUACAAACAACGUUCCUCCGAAGCCAAAAACGCAAUCAAACGCCAAGCCCUCUCCCAGUUCGCCCACUCCAAGGCCCGCGCGCUCGAGCAGCUGAAGGAGUUGGUGGAAGAACAAAACGAGAUAAUUCUGAAUAAAAUUCAUAUAGACACCGAAACGGGAUUAAAAGGAUUCAUGAAAAUAUUCAACGAGAAACUGGUUGAAAAACUUCAGGAAAUAAAAACGAUUACACCUACGGAAUUUACACCAGAGAAGUCUCCGCUGAACCAAGCUGCCGAAAAAGUAUGCGUCGGCUUCGAGAUGUUUUUCGAAAAAUUGGGAAUACAAAGAAAGGAGUUCGAAGGUUUUCCACCAGGCGUCAUUCAGCCUGACGCCAUGUUCCCUGGGGUGUCCAAAUAUGAGAGUGUAACUAACGCCCUGCUGAAACUUCUUGAAGAUCUUCAUGCAUCCAAACACUUCGACCACAAUUUCAGUGAUCACCUAAAAUCCCUCAACACAGCACUAUCUACAUUCGCCCCCGCCAAAUUCACUGACCCCUCCAGUCUCAUCCUGCAAGCGCUCAAGGACGGAAUCGGCGCCCUGGCCAAGCAACUCGGCUACGCAUAUGUGAGCACGUACUGUUGUCAGAAGUUUGACGGUGCGUUGCUUGAUCCUGAGAUUUCCACUGCGUCAGACGACAAACGCAAAUUGACUGAGUACGGCAAGAUGCUGUCUAAGGUUUUCAUGAGCUGUCUGCCUGGUUGGCUGAAGCAUCUUGCACACCUUAAAAAACAUUGUGAUAAAAAUCCCAAGAAGGGUCCGUGGAAUGAUCUUAAAAUUACUAAGCAUGGUAAAAAUCCUCUCGGUCAAUGGUUCACGGACCGCGGCUACGACGUGUCUGCUGAUGCAGUUAAGCCAAACGGGGAGUUGAGGAAUGAAACAAAGUGCAGUGGAGAUUAUAUUUUCGGCACACUGCUUAACAAGGCACUCCCCAACGCCCCUAGAAUUAAAGGCAUGAAUAACAACAAUAUUAAUCUCCUCCACAUUCUUUCACUGCUUCACCCUAUGCUUGACACGUACUACCGUGUCUCUCACCAUUUCAUUCCUGAGAAACCAAGAGCCCCGAGUAACAUCUAUCUCAUGCUCCAAUGGACCGCCGGCCUUAAGUACAACCACAUGUAUGGUGAAGUCAAGAACCAGCUUGGCAAUGUGCUUAAGGGCCUACAAAAAGAGCAUAACUUAGAAGACGCUGAAUUGCCAGUCGCCGUGCAAUCCGAUAUGCAACGCGUGAUUCAAUCACCUAUAAACUCUGACCAAUUAACUAAAGCACUUGAAAGUGUCUGCCACUACGCCGAACAAACAUUAGUCGCCGUGCUCGGCCACGGCCACGCCGACGGUGUGUAUGCCUCUGAUCACCUCACUAACUCAAGUAAUUUGUUGUAUCCUGGUAGCGGUGGUGCGUGCUUUGACAUGUUAGUAGAUGUGUUAUUUAGACUGUAUAAGCAACUGUGGUUCCUACGUAGGCAGUGCCUCGGUGGCAAAAGUCACAGCGGGUGGAAAGACUGCUCAUACGGCAGGCACGUGGCUGGCUCAGGUUGGCAGUGCAACAAUGAACAGUGUGCUGACCUAGACUGUCCCCAAAAGCCUAACCAAAAGGGGAACCAAAACACUAACCUAAGUGCUGACCAAAGCGCUGACCAACGCUGUGACCAGCAUCCCGAUUGUGGUAUGAAAUCGCCACUGCAGUCUUUCUUAGAGGACGGCCUUCAGGGCUUUCUGCCUCAUUCGUUUAGCAGUCCCGGCUGCAAACUUACGUGUACUGUGUCCAAUCACAGGGGACUUCCUUGUAAGACGCCUAUGGGUUUUGCCGAUAUAGGUGUCCUUGCUUCCCAUACGAAAACAGGGGCCUAUCUCGAAGCUGCACUUUACAAUCUAUGCGGUCCGUAUUCUGCCCUCAGUAAACUCUGUAACAUGCUGAACUGCGUACUCCGCCGAGCGCCUCAGACGCUUGAUGAUAUUUUCAGUUUCCUCCGUGGUUACCUGGCAAAUUGGAACAGCCUCCCUCCAGUGAAUAAAGAGGCCAUCACACAUAAGAGUGUGGCCUUUAAGAAUGCCAUUAAGGAAGCAUAUUUCGGCCGGGAAUAUCUAGAGUUGUGUCCGACUAUAUUGUUCACCACCCGUGUACAUCAAUCGGGGAACAAGUCAAACCAUUCCAAAGGUGAUCUGUUCACCAUAUCCGAAUGUGAGGGUAGCGCAGUAGAUACAUGUGGUGUAUAUGUGGAGUCACUAUCAUCCAGCACAUAUAGCAUAUUCUCGUCGUACCACAACAAACAAUGCCUGUCGUGGAUUUUGUACUCGGCUGAGACCUUGUAUAGUUUGCUGGACAGAUUAUAUAAACAGUGCUGUGGUACGUGCACGUCUCCUGGAGCCAAAUGUCAUGGCACAAGAUGUGUUACGGAAUGCCAAGUGAAAAAGGCAUACGAUGCUCAAACCUCUGAUGAAGCAACGCCAGACACAAAGGCACUUGACGGCAAAAAUCACAAUGAUGAUUGUGCAUCCAUUGUCAGAUGCCAUAACACACUUCCUACGCUAUAUACAUAUGGUUUCAGUUUCGGGAACCCAUUGGGAUUGUGCGGCACAGGAAAUGCAACAGCAAAUAGAAGAACGUGCAAAGAUUUCUGCAGUGCAUUGAAAAAAAUUCUUGAAGAAGAAUCUGCACUAAUUCAAUUAAUCAAGCAAAUCGACAAUUUCAUUUGGAAGAUAAGAGAGAAUUUCUCUUACACCCUCCUCACCCUCUGGUCGCUGUCGCUCCUGUACCUGCUGCACAUCGCCGUCGUCCGCCUCGACGUCCUCCGCAUACGCUCCCACCUGAGAUCACCCUCAAGCCACCGCAUCGCCGCGCAGUCGCUCCUCGCCGCCGCACGCGUCAAGGCACUCGCCAACGUCAAGUACUUCUCACCAUAA